GACGGGCUUAAUCUGGGAAUAAAACUGGAGUUGCGUAUUUGUCGUUUUGACUCCAGAGAGGACUCCACAUCCCUACAGUCAGUCUGCACAAUCUAGACUACACAGGACUGCAGCUGUGAAGAAGAGAUAUUAAUUUGACUCCACACUGAAGGACGCAGUUUGGGAGAAGCAGGAGCAUGGGUCUGCAGACUGUGUUCCGCGCGGUGAUCAUGGGGGCCCCGGGCUCAGGCAAGGGGACCGUGUCCAGCCGGAUAGCGCAGAGCUUCGCCCUGAAGCAUCUCUCCAGUGGAGACAUGCUGCGGGCCAACAUCGAGGCCAAGACAGAUUUGGGUCUCCUGAUGAAGUCGUGUAUCGAUCAGGGUCAGCUGGUUCCCGAUGAUGUCAUCUCUCGUCUCGUCCUGUCCAGUCUGAGGGGUCUGGAGCAGACCAGCUGGCUUCUGGACGGGUUUCCUCGUACUGUGGCUCAGGCCGAUGCCCUGGACAGCGUGUAUGAUGUGGACUCUGUUAUAAACCUGGACGUGCCUUCCCAGACGAUCCGCGAGCGUCUGACCUCUCGCUGGGUGCACCUUCCCAGCGGCAGGGUCUAUAAUAUAGACUUCAACCCGCCUAAGAAGCCAGGUCUUGAUGAUGUCACAGGAGAACCGCUGGUCCAGAGAGACGAUGACAGUCCUGAAACUGUGUCCAGGAGACUCAAGGACUAUGAGAGACAGACACAACCAGUUCUAGAGUAUUACAGGAGUAAAGGAGUGUUGGAGACCUUCUCAGGAACUGAAACCAACAAGAUAUGGCCUCACGUUCAUGCCUUCCUGGCCAGGAAAAUCCCAGGAAACCAGCAGGCUAUGGGAAAAGCGUGAUUGCACAACAACCUUGAGGACUUUCACCACAGCUGAAGUACACUGUUGGACUCGAGCACAAUGCACCUCUGUGGCCUUAAGCAGUCUACUGUAUUUGUCCAAGCCUUUGGUGUCACCAUCUGCUUUUAUGCCUUUGUGAGAAAGUUAGUACCAAACUAGAUGUUUAUGGUCAAACUAGUCUAUUACUGAGCUCUAGCGCUGUCAUCUUAAGGAAAUAAACCCAGCUUAGAGUGUUAGAGGUAGGCAUACUAAGAUUAAUAGUUGACUCCAAAGUUAAUCAUUCUCAACUUUCCAUUUAGAAGAAGUGCCCAACCCAUAAGGUGGACACAGUGGCUCCAAAACAUUCCAGUUUAUUGUCCAUAAUGGCCUUUUAAUAUUAUUGAAAUUUGUGCAUACUAGAGAAGUAUUAAUUUAAACAUUUCACAAAUGAAUGCAGAGCAAAAUUACAAUUCAGACCUGAUUUUUGAAUGUUCUGUCAUUUUUGUACGAACCACUGUGGCCAUAAUUGGCAAAAACACUGUCUAAUUAUGAGUCUAAUGCUUUUUCUAUUGUAGAUCAUAUGAAUGUUAAUAUUUUUUGAAUAUACAAAAUAACGUAUUUUUAAUUAAGAGAAGUUUGCACAAUACAAUAAAUAAUAAAGGGAAAUAAAAUCUAUAAUGUGUUUAAAAUUUAUAAAAUGUUGUUUUGUAAGUCCGUUUGUAUUGAUAAACCACUAUUGUGUGGUUAUGAAGUCCUUGACCACCAAGAAAGUGCAAAGUGUUUAUUCAUCUAAUUUUAUGGCACAGUUUACGAAUCACUAUAAAUUGUAGUGAUUGAAAACCUGCUAUUGAAUAAUGGAGAAAUUAAGUAUAAUGCAAAGCAUGGCAUUUCACAAACAACUGCAAUAAACAGAGAAGCUCAAA